UCGUUUUCAGAAUCUGUGUUUUCUCAGUCCGAAACGAAGUGCAUGCUCUAUCGGAAGAGAAAGAACAUAAUAAACUCGAUUUUGUGUGUGAGUGUGUGCGUGUCUUCUUUCUCCCCCUCCCCUCAAAUUUAUUAUUGAUGAAGGGUGGAGUUCACCUGAGAAGUGUGGUGAACUGAGGUGCGGGACCAAUCUCCUGGGGAAGUUGAUCGGCUCCGUAUCGUGCAUUAAUCAAGCUAGUUGCUUUACAUAAAUGACAAAAGGUUUUCGCGACAAGCCAAGUUCCCUGACGAGUCAAGUGAUCUCCCAAUUGGUGUUUGCACGGAUCGACACUCACUCUUCUCCAUCGCCGGAGUCCUGUGAGGAACCGGGCUACAUAAUCUUCUCAGCCACCAAGUUUCGCAAGAGAGAGAACCUUCCAUCUUUACCAUGGAGCCGAGCAACUGCAGCCGUGAGGUUGAGCUGAAGGCUAGGGAGGAACCUGCAGCGAAGGGAGCUGAUUCGGAGAUAGGCAUGAGCUUGAGCUUCGAUGGAAGCGAUAAUCAGAAGCCCGAUGGGGAGGAGAUUAUUUCGAAAAACCGCAAAACUGGAGGGUGGAAAUGCACCAUAAUCUUGCUAACGAACCAAGCUCUAGCGACUCUGGCGUUCUUCGGGGUGGGGGUGAACUUGGUGCUUUUCCUUACUAGGGUGAUGGGGCAGGACAACGCGAGUGCAGCCAACAGCGUGAGCAAGUGGACGGGGACGGUUUACCUCUGCUCUCUCAUUGGUGCCUUCCUCAGUGACUCCUACUGGGGUCGGUACUUGACCUGCGCCAUCUUCCAAGUCAUCCUCGUCCUGGGGCUAGCACUUCUGUCGAUCUCGUCGAGUAUGUUCUUGCUCAAGCCCAAAGGAUGCGGGGAUGGGGACCUGGAAUGCAUGCCUACAUCUUCGGUCGGGGUCGCAAUGUUUUAUCUGGGAAUCUACCUCAUAGCCUUCGGGUACGGGGGCCACCAGCCCACAGUUGCCACAUUCGGGGCCGAUCAAUUUGAUGACUCGGAACCAAAGGGAAAGUCCAACAAGGCGGCCUUCUUCUGCUACUUCUACUUUGCGCUCAACGUGGGAUCCCUCUUCUCCAACACCGUGCUCGUGUACUAUGAGGACACGGGGGAGUGGACACUCGGGUUCCUCGUAUCAGGGGGUGCCGCUGUGUUGGGCCUGGCAGCAUUCUUAGCAGGGUCAAGGCGGUACCGGUACGUUAAGGCAUGGGGAAACCCGAUCCCACGGGUCACACAGGUAUUUGUUGCAGCCUUCAGGAAGUGGAGAGUCGAUGUUGCUAAGGAAGGUGAGCUCUACGAGGUGGAAGGGUCUGCUUCUGCCAUUAAAGGGAGCAGGAAGAUUCUUCAUAGCAAUGAGUUCGGUUUCAUGGACAAGGCGGCGACCAUAACCGAAGCCGACUUGCAGGGUCCGAGCAAUCCGUGGCGGUUAUGCACCGUGACUCAAGUCGAGGAAGCCAAGUGCGUCCUCAGGAUGAUGCCAGUUUGGCUCUGCACGAUAAUUUACUCUGUGGUCUUCACCCAGAUGGCCUCCCUCUUCGUCGAGCAGGGAGAUGUGAUGAACACCAAAAUAGGAAACUUUAAAAUCCCGGCGGCGAGCAUGUCCACAUUCGAUAUAUGCAGCGUCCUCAUCUGCACAGGAAUAUAUCGCCAGUUCCUGGUUCCAUUGGCAGGGCGGCUGAGCGGGAACCCCAAAGGUCUGACUGAGCUCCAGAGGAUGGGGAUCGGGUUGAUAAUCGGGAUGCUGGCCAUGGUUGCCGCAGGGGCCACGGAGAUUGGACGGCUCAGGCAUGUCGAGCCCGGAGAGAAAGCAAGCUCCCUAAGUGUGUUUUGGCAGAUCCCGCAGUAUGCUCUUGUGGGGGCAUCAGAGGUGUUCAUGUAUGUCGGGCAGCUCGAGUUCUUCAAUGGCCAAGCUCCGGAUGGGAUCAAGAGCUUUGGGAGCUCGCUCUGCAUGGCCUCGAUCUCGCUAGGGAACUAUGUGAGCAGCAUGCUCGUGAGCAUGGUGAUGGGGAUUACAGCUCGUGGAGAGAGCCCAGGAUGGAUCCCAGAGAGCCUUAACUCGGGCCACAUAGACCGGUUCUACUUCCUCCUUGCAGCCCUGACAGCGAUCGACUUUGUGAUCUACCUAUUCUGCGCGAAAUGGUAUAAAGCCACCAACUUCGACGGAGGUGACAAGGAAGUCGACGAGAUUGUAAAGGAAGAAGAAGUCAUUAGUAAAGUCUAGGAAGGUUGAGAUAGUUACUCGGUCAUCAAGUAGAGCCUAUGCGGUUCCAUUUUCCGGUUUCUUUCGAAGAUUAUGGCGUCAAUGCAAAUGAAUUUCCUCCUCCGGAGACCGACCCAUUUUAGGACUAGUAAUUCCGAAUAAGUGAACAGCAUGUUCAAAGAACAGGAGGAUAUAAUGAUCUUGCUUCUGUGCUUCUAUGGAUCCACCAUUUGUGCUGUCAGCUGUCGGCUAGUUACCAUUCCUUCUCAUCGUUUGUUGUACUACACCGACCGAAUAAAACUUCUUAGUUGAUACCA